AUGGACGGACACAGGAUGAAUUACGUCGCAACUCUGCCUUCCAUCCCCGAGGAGGCCGUCGACAAGCACGACCUUAUCACAGAAGCCAAUGCCAAGAACUCACCAUUGCUGCGCCUCCCAGGCGAGUUGCGCAACAAAAUAUACGGAUACUCUCUCGCCGACUCUUCCAUUGAACCACUACUGGACCGGCGGACUGGCUCAAUACCCGCUCGAACAAGCUCGGGCCGACCCAUGUCCCCCACCGUCUCACUCAUCCGAACAUGUCGUCAGACCCGGUCUGAAGCCGAGUCUCUCUUCUUUUCCCACACAACUUUCGGCUUCAAUUAUGCGCGAUAUGACUUCCAUCGUUUCCUGGGACACAUUGGGCGUGAAAAGAGGGAACUCAUCACGUCGAUUGCCAUGCUGUUCUCUACGCUUGAAUUGCUUGAGCAAUACGAGGGGCGGUAUAAGCUUCCACGAGUGGAGUACGUUUACCUUGCCUACCGACUACCGAUCGUCUCUCCCAUCACCGACCUUGAAUCACAAAACCGGCGUCGCGUUGCCCACACCUUUACGAUGCUUCGCCUUUCCGACUUAGGUUCCAUGAAGCCUGGCAUCUUACCGCCCGACCAAAAAGACGACCGCGACGAAGACCUCCGCGACGUCGACGACGUCUUCAACAACGACUACGACAGACAAAGCAACAACAUGCGUCUUGUAGUUCCGCUGCCAUACAAUAGGAAUGAGAUCACCAAGAGAAACCAGACAGACUCACCUCUCCUCCUCCUCCCCGCCGAACUCCGCAACGGCAUCUACAACUACAUUUUCAACGGCGCCAUCAUCAAGGUCAACAAACCACUUGUCAAAAAGGACAUGCGCAGAUACCGCAGUGUCCGCGCGGUCCUCUACACCUGCCGCCAGAUCUACAUCGAAGCCUCUGCUCUCUCCUUCACGCUCUGCACCUUCGUUCCUAGUUACUUCGCCCUCCGCUUCUUCUCCUCGUCAAAUCUACCGGCAGCAGGCUUCGGAAGGAUCGAGAGGUUGUGGCUGACGCGGGGGAAUGGGCGGGCUGUCAUCGAGGGACAGGAUGAAAUGAAGGGUGCAUAUCUGAAGGAAUGGUUUGCUUCAUUGAAACUAUUGGAGAUAGAAGUCUGGCGUCUAAAGGUAAACUUGACGGACGCUCAGGCAAAAGAGAAGUUGAGCUAUGUGGCUGUUGAUGUAUCCCGCCCCCCCAAAACCCCCUACGACCCCCCCAAAAUCGUCGGCUAUGUCCUCGCCAAAAUGGAGGAAGAGCCCACCGAUGGUGUCCAACACGGCCACAUCACUUCGUUAUCCGUAAUGCGCACCCAUCGCCGUCUCGGACUCGCCGAGAAACUAAUGCGCCAAUCCCAACGCGCCAUGGCCGAAACCUUCAACGCGCACUACGUCUCCCUACACGUCCGCGUCUCCAACAACGCAGCCCUGCAUCUCUACCGCGAAACCCUCGGUUUCACCGUCGACAAGAUCGAAGCGAAAUACUAUGCUGAUGGUGAGGAUGCGUAUAGUAUGAGGAUUGAGCUGGCGGAGUUGAAGGAGCAGUUGAGGGAUGAGGAGGAGGAGAUUUUUGGGAGUGAGGGGGUUGAUGAGGGGGAUGCGGUUGGGAGUGAGGGGGUUAAGGAGAAGAAGCCCGCGAAGAAAACAAAGGUCAAGGUGGGUAGGGGCAAGGGUGUUGUGGAUCUUGUGGAGAAGAAUGAGGCGGCUGCUGCUUAG